CCCUCGCGCCUUGCGCACGCGCAGCUCGCUCUCUUCAUUCGGCUCAAGAAAAGGCGAGGGAGAAGGGAACGCCUGCGCGCAGAGGGUGCUUCUGGAGGGCGCAUGCGCGGGGCUUGGAGCAGGUUGGCUUUUCAGCGUCGGUCCCCGAGGCGAGGUCGGAGGGACAAAGACAAAUUUUUGAGGAACUGAAUAAGAACUGUUUUUAUGUCACCCUACAAAGACAAGCUUAGCAGCUAUGGGUGAAUAUAGCCGCUUUAUUGAUUGGGAUAAGAUGGACUCUACAAUCCAGGACCAGGAUGCAAAGGAACUGACUAGCACGGAAUUUCAAGAUCUGAAGCAAUUAGCUCGCCAAGGGUACUGGGCCAAGAACCACUCUUUAAGAGCAAAAGUAUACCAUAAACUGAUUAGUGAUAUCCCUUGCCGCACAGUGACUCCAGAUGCACACGUCUACAGGGACAUUGUUUUGAAAAUUGCUGGGAAGCGUAACAGCAGCAGCCUUCCGCUUCCAGAAUUUGUUGACAACAGCCUAGUUCCCACUUACUGUCUGAAUGCUGAGGGCAUUGGGGCUGUCAGGAAGAUAAUCUCCUGCAUUGCAAGCCAGUUCCCAGACAUAUCAUUUUGCCCAGCUCUGCCUUCUGUUGUGGCACUCCUCCUUCACUAUAGCAAAGAUGAAGCGGAGUGCUUUGAGAAGGUUUGUCGUAUUCUUGCUUGCAAUGACCCCUCCAAGCACUUAAUUGAUCAGACCUUCUUGGCUUUUGAGUCUUCCUGCAUGACAUUUGGUGAUCUGGUUAACAAGUACUGCCAGGCAGCCCACAAACUGAUGGUGGCGGUCUCAGAAGAUGUGCUAGAAGUAUAUUCGGACUGGCAACGCUGGCUUUUUGGAGAACUACCUCUGACUUACAUUGCACGUGUCUUCGAUGUUUUCUUGGUAGAGGGCUACAAGGUUCUCUAUCGUGUUGCACUGGCUCUUCUCAAGUUUUUCCAUAAAGUCAGAAUUGGGCAGACUUUGGAGUCAGACAAUAUACAACAGGACAUCCGUACUUUUGUUAGGGAUAUUGCAAAAUCAGUGUCUCCUGAGAGAUUGCUAGAGAAAGCAUUUGCCAUUCGACUCUUCUCUCGGAAAGAGAUUCAGCUUUUGCAAAUGGCCAAUGAGAAGGCUCUUCAGCAGAAAGGCAUCACAGUGAAGCAGAAAAGCAUUGCAUCCCCCAAAAGGCAAAAUGUUCACUUGGCCGUUCAUGCAGAAAAUUUCAAGUCUGAAAUUGUUGACGUAAAGAAAAUGAGAGAUAUCUGGUCAUGGAUUCCUGAACGCUUUGCACUCUGCCAGCCUCUGCUGCUUUUCACCACCUCAGAGCAUGGUUGCAGCCUAAGCAGGUUCUAUUCACAUUGUGAGGGACAUGAACCGACCCUCCUUUUGAUCAAGACAACCAAACAAGAGGUAUGUGGUGCUUAUUUGUCAACUGACUGGAAUGAGCGUAAGCGAGGAGGAGGCAAGUUGAGUUACUUCGGUACAGGAGAAUGUUUUGUUUUCAGGCUGGUACCUGAAGUGGAGCGCUAUGAAUGGGUGAUAAUCAGGCAUCCAGAGCUAGCUGUGGCCGGAGUAGAACAAGCAAAUAGUUCUUCCCAGAUUUCUGAUCCUCCUUCUUCAACUAGCCUCUCCUCAAAUCCCUCAGAUCGUCUAUCACCCUUUCUUUCGGCUCGGCACUUCAAUUUACCUUCCAAAGCGGCAUCCAUGUUUAUGGCUGGCGGUGUUGAAUGCAUCAUCAUAGGAGGAGGUGAUGGACAGGCUCUCUACAUCGAUGCAGACCUCAACCAUGGAAGAACGGGGCACUGUAACACUUUUAACAACCAGCCAUUGUGUUCUGAAAGUUUCCAGAUAGCUAUCAUGGAAGUGUGGGGAUUCAGGGACACUAUGAGCAAUUGAGGGGACUGUCUCCUUAAAGAAAAAACUGGGCUAUGAAUUACAGUGUUAUUCUGAGUCUUGUUCUGCUACAAGAGCCAAUUGGACUUUGGCACUACAGUCAUGGUUUCCUUUUGGGAUUUGGAAAGCUACCUUUCAGGGCCCACAAAUUUUGCCAUGAUAUUCUUCAAAUGCAAUUUUUGUUGGGCUAAUCAAUUGAAUCAUACCUCUGCACUCCUUGUUCAUAUCCUGGUAUUUCAACACAUUGAUGCCUAGCUGCGCUAGAGCUGGGACAGCCUUUGUGGAGGCCAGAUGCAUAUCAGAGCAAAGCUGUACUUUGACAGCUAGCUUUAGAUACUCAGAUGUAUCGCUUAUCCUGGUGUAGCGCAAGGUUCAAAUUCCUGCAAACAUAAACUUGGAUCCAAAGUGAUUUGUGUACAAUUGGAUCACAUCAAAUUACAAAUUUCCCAUUUCCUUCCCCAGCUACAGCCCCACUGUUUAUGUACUAUGCUGUUCUAGAGGUUACCCAGAAUCCUAAAGGGCUGCAGGAAGAAAUGGAGCAUGGGAGAGUCCUAUUGCACAUAUGCAGAAUGCUCCCAGUGGCUCUUUUGAUCUAGAUCAUUUAAUGAAUCGGUUUCUUUAUAGAAAUAUUUUGAAAGCACUAAGUGUUUAUGUGUGCAUAUAUUUGUGAUACCAGCAUAUCUCUUUGUGUACAUAUAUUUGUGAUGCCUGUGACUAUUGCCCUAAGGAGCAUUCAUGCUUUGUAAUGUAUGAAGGUGAAGCUAACUGGUUUUGGAGCACUUAUUGAUCUGCAGUGCCACCCUUUUGUUGCAGAUAUUCAGUGCAACACACUGCCAUCUGCGUUUAUGUUUAUAUUCCUAAUUGUGCAUAUCAGUAAUAUCAUUUUAGGGUUGGGGAGUAGAUUCAGGCAGCUAAAGCCCGAGACAGUAUACGCAGCACACAGAACAAUUUUCCCUUUGAACGUACGUUGGUUGUAUUUGUGUUUAUAAAAGGAAAUUGAGAUAAUCUUAAGAAACAGUGUUAGUCAGCUGUAUUGAAACUUUGAUGCAAUCUUCAAGUUAAACUUCAUUGCAGCUGGUUAGAAAAAAAUAGUUGCUCAAUCUCUCACUUGAUUACCAAUUAUGUAUUUCUUCUAAUAGCUCCAGGGGGUGCUGUUUUCUCAGUAACCAGAUAGGUCAUUGAAAGCUGCUUGCCUGUUUUCUUAUCAGUAACAUUCCUUUAUUACAGGUUGCGCUCUUGUCUUAUCAUAGAUACACAGCCUGCUACAGAGUCCCAACUUCCCUCUGCCUUGUAUUGACUGUAAGAGUUGCCCGUUAACAGUUUUGAAAAUGGAGGUUGCUUUGCCAUAUCUUAAGAUAUAUCCAAAUAUCUACAUUGCUACAACUGUAGUACUUGGAUCUUUCUUUCAUCAUUAGUAUUGUCUUAAACCCUGACUUUAACAGUGCACUGAAGAAUAAUUGAGACAACAUUGAAAUAGAGAUCACUAUCUUCUGCCUCAGAAGCACUAAAAAACCAAGAGGAAACUGUUCUGUGAUCAAGAAAGGUGGUUGAACCUGUAGCAUACCCCAGUGUUUGGAUGGUGUCAAAUGCUCAGAGAUUAUUGUCCAAGGGAAAUGUGCAUUAGUAUAUCACAUAAUCUACUUAAGCAUAAAUGUCAAGAUGAAGGGAUCAAAACAUUUCAUGUUAUCUAUCAAGUAUUGUUUUAGUUGGGGUGGGAGAAGAAGCCUUUUUCAAGAUCCUUCAUUGAUUCAACCAAUAUAUUGCACUUUCUUGGGAAUUCAGUCUGUUAUAGCAGUUCCCUAAAUGUAAUAUGCUAUCUUCUUGCCAUCUUUUCUCCCUGUAUUUAAAUCUGUGUUGGUUUUAAAUCCAGCAGCUGAAUGCAAUCUGCAAUGAAUUAUUCCAAAAUAACUAACUAAAACGAGUUGCUAUAUUAUUUAUCCAGAAAAUGCUUUAGAUCUGACUGUUACUUAAUUAUGUAAAUAAAAUUAUCUUACGCAUUGAUAAGAAGCAGACAUUUGAAGGUAGGAUUUGGAAACAACAGAGCAAGUCCAUUAGAGCAGUCCUGGGGGGAAAAAAGCUUUGGCAUGCAUGCCAAAUAUAUAUGCGCCUUGAAGUUGGGGUUUGCAAUUGAGGUGUCAAGACUGAUGACUAGACAGGAACUAUUCUAGUAGAUCAUUAAAAAUAGUUUCCCGAGAAAUAGCCACUUCCUCACCAUCCAUAUUGAACAACAGUAUUUCCAGAGCUUGGAAAGGAAUUCUGGAGAUAAAACCAGGAAAUGACAGCUAUAUAUAGCUUCCAGUCUAUUUUAGGGAUGGAGGCAAAUGAAGUGCUAAUUUGCUGAGUGGUUUGAAUUGGAUAAUUAUCUUGAACAUUCCAUAAUUCAACGUUAAGAAAUAACAGUGACUUAUCUUCUCGUUAAGGAAGACACUUGAAUAAUUUCUAUUUCUCAGGUAUAUGAGGAGGGCAAAGAGCCAAUGCAACAGUUCAGAAAAGUGAAACAUAUCAGCAAAAAUUUAAUAUGCAAAGACGUUUAUUACAAUCACAGCAUUUACGGCUUCUUAAUUUUCCUUUCCUGUUGAAGGAGAUUCCUCACCUUCCCUGCUCCAUGUUGUGAAAUAAAGUGUCUUUGUAUUUCCCAGAAAUGUCUUAGCCUUUUAAAAAUCUGACAGUCACUGUGGUGGUUUUGUGUGCUGUCAAAGCCAGUCAAGUUUUUCCUCUCUCCUUUAACUAGAACAGGUGAUUUUGGGAGUUUCAGGUCUCUAUCCAGAGACUAAAGAAGGCAAAAUGGAAGUCAGUUCUUUUCUCCCAUUGUGAUGGUUAUUAUGUGUCUGUCAUUUUGGAGGAACUUUGAACCUGACUGUAAUACUUGUGUAUGUGCUUGUGUUCGACGACGUGUUGUUUUUCCCUGGAGGCAACUGCAGUUUUCCUGCACUUUGACUUUCCCCCCUAAUCUUAUCAUAUAGAAGUAAUAUAUCCCUUCCUUCCCCAGUUGAUGAAGGUGAUGGCAGCUGGCUGUUUGUGUCUGUAAAUCUGUGACUCCUCAGAAAUAAAUUAAAUAUCUGUCAAAUAAACUAUCUGCAUAGUU